AUGCGAGAGUUUGGUGAGGAGGUGGCUCUGCAAGCGAAAUCCAAGUCCGUACAGGUUGUAUUGGGCCCCAACAUCAACCUUCACAGAGAUCCGAGAGCUGGUCGCAAUUUCGAGUCUUUCAGUGAAGACCCUCUGGUCACUGCCCGAAUGGCCGCUGCUAUUGUAAACGGGAUCCAAUCUCAAGGUGUGGGUGCUUGCGUGAAGCACUUCAUCGCAAAUGAGAGCGAAACUGUUCGCAGACGCUACAACGUCGACGAGUCAGGCGAUAGCAGAACAAUGCGCGAGAUCUAUCUACGCACAUUUCAGUACUUGUUGCAGCAAUCGAAUCCUGUUUCAAUCAUGACAGCAUACAAUGCCCUAGAUGGAAAUUUUUGCAGUCAGACUCCACUUAUCAGGUCUUUACUGCGCGAGACAUGGGGUUAUGAUGGCUGUAUGAUGUCGGACUGGUACGGAACAAAGACAACAAUCGCAGCUUUGGAGGCAGGACUUGAUCUGGAAAUGCCAGGUACAUCUGUAUUUCGUGGUACAAAGUUGGUCGAGGCAAUCAAUUGCAAAGAGGUACCAGUGCAAGCACUGGACCUCGCUGUGAGCAAUGUUUUGGGGAUGAUUGAUAAGACAUCGGUCAGUCAUAGUGACAAGGAAGAGGGCUCUCGAGUCUGCGAGAAAACUAGUGCCAUAGCGCUAAGAACGGCUGCGGAGGGCAUCGUCUUGCUGAAAAACCGGGACAACUGCCUUCCACUCAACAUGGCAGAUCACCCUCAAGUGGCGCUGAUAGGAGCCGCAGCUGCCAUUCCAUCUAUGACAGGGGGAGGCAGUGCUUGUGCUAAGCCUCAGUAUACCCAUACUCCUCUUCAAUGCUUUCAAAACGCGUGCAAGGAUCCUAAGCAGGUUUCAUUUGCUCAUGGCGUCAACCCUAACUAUGCAGUGCCUCUGAUGUCCCCCAACAUUACCCAAGCCCGCGAAGGCCUUCCUGGAGUUGAUGUAGACUACUUCAUGGAUGGAUGCGAAACACCGGUAUAUUCCGAGUAUAUUGCACAACCCGUCGUGGUCAUGCUUGGAAGACUAAAGCCUGGUCUAACAAAGCAAACAGGGUUUCACUACAUUAUGGAGACCACCGUGACCGCGAAUAAGAGCGGGAGCCACACACUAGCAGUCCAAGCUACUGGGGAAUUUACGUUAUUUGUUGAUGGUAAAGAGGUACUAUCAAAACCUGCCCCAGAAAUGUCGGUUGAGGACUUCUUAUUUCAACCCAAGAAACUGGAAAGCAUUAUUCAGAUUCAAAUGAAUGCCCAUCAACCCUACAAAAUUACUCUCAGGACCCAUUCCAGAGACAUUUCUUCGGGAGAAGGAGAAGUCUCUCCUCAUUCAGCCAAAUUAUGUUUUGAAGAAGCAUAUGAUGACCGCGCUGCGAUUGCUGAGGCAGUCAGCAUCGCCGCCCAGUCCGACGUCAGCAUCAUUAUGGGCGGCCGAACCCGUGAGCAUGAGUCAGAAGGGUUUGAUCUUACGACCCUGAAACUACCUGAUAGUCAGGUUCGCAUGAUCAAAGCGGUGGCUAGCGUAUCAAAGAAGACAAUCCUUGUACUGCACGGCGGCAACCCCAUCGAUGUCUCGGACUUUGUUGAAGACAUCGACGUGGUGAUAGCUGCGCAUUUUCCAGGACAGGAGGGUGCUCAAGCUAUUGUUGAUAUCAUUACUGGAAAGACAAAUCCAAGUGGAAAACUUGCAACCACCUGGCCAAUGUCCCUGAGUGAAAGCUCAGUCCCAUCCUUUGCGCACUUCCCGGCAAAGGACGUCGGCAAUGGGCCUGUCAUCCGAUACAGCGAGGGAUUGCAGAUGGGCUAUCGCAAUUCUCUCACUGCGUCUUCAGCUCGAUGGCUCUUUGGCCAUGGUCUGUCCUAUUCCUCUUUCGAGUAUGACAAUCUGAAAGUUAUCCGCCAGGAUAGAGUCGAUGGGGAGAGCUCUGGUGAAUGUCGAAUCAAGAUGAUCACCAUAUCCGUUGAUGUCCAAAACACAAGCCAAAGAGCAGGCUAUGAAGUAAUUCAAGUGUACAGUGAGCCUCCAGUUGAUCGUGUUAUUUGGAAACCACGCUCUGAACUCAUUGGCUUCGCCAAACAAUGGUUUGAGCCGGGGGAAACUAAGCAAGUCAAACUUGCAAUUCCCCAACGAGACGUCAGUGGCUACUGGGAUCGUGCUGCUAAGGUCUGGCGGUCUCUCAUUGGGAUGUAUAAGGUCACUACAGGUGCAGGUGCAGGUGUGGCUUAUCUACAAAUAGAGGACACAGCGAUCUGGAAUGAGCUUUGA